AUGCCUACAGAGAAGCAAUCCUCAAGGUUCAACCACCUGCCUCGCGCAGCAGCCGAUGCCCUAAAAUGUCCAUUCACUGGACAGAUUUUGCUUUCGCUGGCUCAGUAUAACAAGGGAUCCGCGUUUCCAAACAAUGAGCGAAGAGAAUUCAAGCUGCACGGAUUAUUACCGCCCAAGAUCCAGACGCUCGAGGAGCAAGUCGAUCGAGCGUACCAGCAGUACUCUAGCUGUGGCGAUGACUUGGCCAAAAACACAUUCAUGGCUAGCAUGAAGGCGCAAAACGAGGUUCUAUAUUACAAGCUGCUCGAAACGCACCUCAAGGAAAUGUUUAGCAUCAUUUACACACCUACAGAAGGGGACGCCAUUCAAAACUAUUCUCGGCUUUUUCGAAAACCAGAGGGAUGCUUUCUCAAUAUUCGCGACCAGGAUUCGAUUGAGCAGAGCUUGGCUGCCAAUGACAAUGUAGAGGAUAUCGAUUACAUUGUCGUCAGUGACGGCGAAGAGAUCUUAGGUAUCGGGGAUCAAGGUGUCGGUGCAAUUCUCAUUUCGGCCGCGAAGCUGGCCAUUACAACAUUGUGUGCCGGCAUUCACCCCUCCCGUCAGCUGCCCGUCGUCCUGGACUGCGGUACGAAUAAUGAGGAGUUGCUGAAGAAUGAACUAUAUCUCGGUUUGCAGGAGCGUCGUGUACGUGGCAAAGAAUACGACGACUUUGUGGAUAAAUUCGUCCAAUCCGCUCGCAAACUUUAUCCAAAUGCCUAUAUUCACUUUGAGGAUUUUGGCCUCCAAAAUGCCCGGAGAAUCCUCGACAGAUACCAGUCCGAGAUUGCAUGUUUCAAUGAUGAUAUCCAGGGCACUGGGUGCGUGACCUUGGCUGCCAUGCUAGCUGCAAUUCAAAUCAGCAACGUCGGCAUCAACGACGUGCGCGUUGUUAUAUUUGGCUCGGGGACUGCCGGGAUGGGAAUAGCGGACCAGCUCGCCGAUGCCAUUGUCACACAGGCAGACAAGUCUAAGGAAGACGCACGCAAGCAAAUCUGGUGCAUUGAUAAAUCUGGACUUUUGCUCAAAUCACAGAGCAAUGAUUUAAAUCCGGCCCAAGUUCCAUUUGCCAGGGACAAUGACGAGUGGCCAGCAGCAGCCGACAAGAAACACGACUUGCUUUCCGUAAUCACGCAAGCCAAGCCGCACGUCUUGAUUGGCACAUCGACCAAGCCAAACGCCUUUACCAAAGAAAUUGUUUGCGAAAUGGCAAAGCAUGUCGAGCGGCCCAUCAUCUUUCCCUUGAGCAACCCGACGCGUCUGCAUGAAGCCAAGCCCAGCGACCUCUUGCAAUGGACCGACGGCAAGGCUCUCGUGGCGACGGGCAGUCCGUUUCCUCCAGUCGAGCACGGGGGCAGGAAAUAUGACAUUGGCAAGUCAAAAUCUUCUGAAUGCAAUAAUGCAACUUGUUUUCCUGGCAUCGGCCUCGGCGCCGUCUUGUCCCGCAGCCGGCUCGUUUCCAAAAAGAUGCUGGUCGCGGCCGUCGAAGCCCUCAAGGCCAAGUCGCCCGCUCUCGAGGAUCCGACACGUGCUCUGCUGCCCGACCUUGAAGACGCGCGCGACGUCAGCGUGGAGAUUGCGGCUGGGGUGAUUUGCUGCGCGGUGGAGGAGGGUCUCGCGCAGGAAGAGGGCAUUCCGAGCGACGGUGAGGAACUCAGGGAGUGGAUUCGUGCACAAAUGUGGGAUGCUGUUUACCGGCCUCUGGCGAAAGCAGUGAGAUGA